GUUUUACCCAUUGAACGGGUGAGUGAGAAAGACGGAGCACCGGGAGCCUUGACGUUCGACCAAAACCAGAAGUUUAUCGUGUGCUUUUAAUUGACGGUUUGUGUGUGAGAUUUAUCUCCGGACCGGACACAUAAUAUAUGGCGGACGAAGCAACCAAGGGCGCAGAACAAAUGUCCUUAAAAGAGCUGUAUGUCUCUGAUAAACAGGGCAGCGAUCAGGACGGAGAUGGGACCGAACUGAAACCUUUCAAAACACCACUUAAGGCGCUGCUAUUUGCUGGCAAAGAACCAUUCCCAACCAUCUAUGUGGAUUCUCAGAAUGACGGAGAGCGCUGGGCUGUGAUCUCUAAAACCCAGCUGAAAAAUGUGAAAAAACUCUUCCACAGGGAACAAAUGAAGACAGAUUCGAAAGAAAAGAAAGAGGCGGAAGAUGCCGAGAGGAGAGAGAAAAAUCUAGUAGAAGCCAAGAAGAUUGUUAUUGAAAUUGACCCCAGCCUCCCAGAGCCCAAAACGAUUAAGAUCCAGCAUCUGGAGCCCUAUAGGGAACAGAGAGUCAAAGUGUUCGGCUGGGUGCACAGGCUGCGACGUCAAGGCAAGAAUCUACUGUUCAUUGUGCUGAGAGAUGGAACUGGAUUCCUGCAGUGUGUACUCACCGAUAAACUGUGUCAGUGCUAUAACGGGCUGGUUUUGUCUACUGAAAGCACCGUGGCUCUGUACGGAACCGUGAAAGAGGUUCCUGAGGGAAAGCAGGCUCCAGGAGGUCAUGAGCUACACUGUGACUUCUGGGAGCUAAUCGGUCUUGCUCCAGCCGGCGGCGCUGACAACCUGCUGAACGAGGAGUCGGAUGUUGAUGUUCAGCUUAACAAUAGGCACAUGAUGAUCCGUGGAGAAAAUGUGUCCAAGAUCCUGCGAGUGCGCUCCACGGUCACGCACUGCUUUAGAGAGCACUUCUUUAGUCGCGGCUACUAUGAGAUCACUCCUCCAACUCUAGUGCAGACUCAGGUGGAAGGUGGCUCCACCCUCUUCAGUCUGAAUUAUUUUGGAGAGCAGGCGUACCUAACCCAGUCGUCUCAGCUUUACCUGGAGACGUGCAUCCCAGCGCUCGGAGACACGUUCUGCAUCGCCCAGUCAUAUCGGGCUGAACAGUCUCGCACCCGCAGACACCUGUCUGAGUAUACCCAUAUUGAGGCGGAGUGUCCCUUCAUGACUUUUGAAGAUCUGCUGAGCAGGUUGGAGGAUCUCGUUUGUGACGUAGUGGAUCGGGUCCUUAAGUCUCCUGCUGCUGCGCUGCUCUACGAACUAAACCCUGACUUUAAGCCCCCCAAGAGACCAUUCAAGAGGAUGAACUACACUGAUGCCAUUACAUGGCUUAAGGAGCAUGACGUUAAAAAAGAUGAUGGGACUUAUUAUGAGUUUGGAGAGGAUAUCCCUGAAGCCCCGGAGAGACUGAUGACUGACACCAUUAAUGAGACCAUCCUUCUGUGUCGCUUCCCAGCUGAGAUUAAAUCAUUUUACAUGCAGCGCUGUCCCGAGGACCAACGCCUCACCGAAUCGGUUGAUGUCCUGAUGCCUAACGUUGGUGAGAUCGUUGGAGGGUCGAUGCGUAUCUGGGAUGCAGAUGAGCUCCUCGAGGGCUACAAGAGAGAAGGCAUCGACCCCACUCCGUACUACUGGUACACUGACCAGAGAAAGUAUGGUACAUGUCCUCAUGGUGGAUACGGGCUUGGCCUGGAGCGUUUUCUUACCUGGCUGCUCAAUCGUAACCACAUUCGAGAUGUGUGCCUCUACCCGCGCUUCAUCCAGCGAUGCAGGCCUUGAGUGUCUUCAGAAAACACACAAAAUCCUCUGAUCUGUCUGCUUUAUCUGCUUGUCCAGCUUGUCGCAAGAAUACCCAGUGCCUUUGUCACGUACUAUCUGAGGCACAAAACAUUUAUACAUCCAUAUUUAAAGAUUUAAUCACAAUCAAGAAAAUGUAAUGUAUGUGAUUCCCUCAUUACUUUGUCCAAUCACUCUGUUCAGAAUAUUUUCUGUAGGCGAAUAAAUGUGCGAGAUGCUUCA